AUGUUAAACCUUUGGGUUAGGUCGAUCAAACUGGUAAGAUAAAAAUUAAAACAAAAUUCAAUUUGAAUAUUCAAAUUUUCAAACUACAUGUCAUGAUUUAAUUGGAGUUGGAUAUAAAGCUACGUCCAGACUCUGCAGGAAAUAAUUUCUCGCUCUUUUCCGCGUGACAGUCAUCCAAUGACCUUUUCUAACCACUGUACAAUCCUGACCCACUUUUAAAAUUUCCAAAACUUGUCAAAGAAAAUGAGAUAUCAACUUCUCCAACAUAGAAGCCCAUCUUUAUUAUUUAAUCCCCAGCCUCACGUCACAUAUACUAGCAGAAAUUCUUCAAUAAUCCCCCGGUCAAAAGAGAGAUUAUUAGGUGCGGACUGCGGAUGAGGAGAACCGUCGGCACAAGUAUUGGGUACCUAACGGUACCUGCACUCGGUACCGCUAGAUACCCAAUACUUAUGUGAACGAUGCACACUCCGCACCUAAUAAUUUUUCUAGCCCAGCCAAUAUAAAUAUCCCAGAUAAUCUUCUUUAUGCCAACAACGCACUUAGCUAAGCUUUAGCAUUACAAGAAACAUCUCAAUCAAAUUAGUCGUCUAAGCUAGAUAUAGAUCUAUAUUAUAAAUCAAAAGUCAGAUUUCGGUCGAAAUAUUCAGUUCUCAGCCAAAAAGUCUCAUCUUUUGAUGGGUUUCUUACUUUUCCAGUUUUUCCUGCUUCUUUCUUCUCCUCUUUCACCGGCUUUCAUUAUAUUAUACUUGUCAUCACCCUUAAAAUCAAAUCAUAUAUAAACCAGCGUUCUCUUCCUCGAUUGCUAAUCCCCAGUUAAUUCUAACUUUUCCUUCUUUAUGAAGCAAUUAAUCAAACUUCGUCUUUUUUUCAACAAUUAAUCUCUCUCUCCGCAGUUUGAAUGACUUCGAGGCAGUUUCCGCCGCCGCCGCCGGCCUCCGUUGUCGCCCACCACCGGCGGCAGUCUCAUCAACUCUUACUCGUAGCCGCCGUUGCGUUUCCAUCAGUCAUCUUCCUCCUCCUCGUGUUUCUCUUGCUCUACUUCUCAUACUUCUCCCACUGUCGCUCCUCUACACGCCCCGUGGACUCCCCAUUACCAUCCCGCUUCCGCCGCUUCUCUUACCAGGAGCUCCACGCCGCUACGUCGGGGUUCGCCGUCUCUAGAUCCCUAGGCCGCGGCGCCACCGCCGCUGUCUUCCUCGGCAUCCUCCCCGACGGCAAGUCCGUAGCUGUCAAGCGCCUAGAUCUUCAUCCUGCCUCGCCCAAACUGUCCGGCGGAGACCGCGAGUUUCUUAAUGAGCUUCAACUGCUUUCUAAUCUGCGUCAAUCGGCCUUCGUUGUCUCCCUCCUCGGCUUCUGCCUCGAGGGCAAUCACCACCGCCUAAUGGUCUACGAGUAUAUGAGCAACGGUAGUCUCCAAGAGCUGCUCUUUGGCCCUCUCCGACCGCCUAUAGAUUGGAGCAGGAGGUUUCAGAUCAUACUCGACAUCGCCAAAGCUCUCACCUUUCUCCACCUCAGCGAUCCUCCGAUCAUUCAUGGUGACAUUAAGCCCAGUAAUGUUCUCCUCGGCCAAGAUUUCCAGGUCAAGAUAUCGGACUUCGGUCUCUCAAGGUUGAAGACUGAAGUGGCGGCUUCGCCCGCCGCGGAAUUGUUCAGCCAGGAGCUCUCAUCCGGAAGCCCACAAGUGGAUAUCACUCUUCCCAUUUGUCCUUCUUUUUCCUCAUUUUGUUCUUCUUCUUCUUCUUCCUGUUUGAAUCAUGAAAAGAAUGUGAGACCGAAGGGGAAGGAGUCAGCAGUGAGCCCCUGUUAUGAGGAGCUUGGUUGUGUUGAGAACAACAACCUUUUCCACCGAAGCUCUCCAUUGAAUGAUGGAAGGGAUUCGGGGUGGAAGAAGGAUGACAGAAGCGAGCUCAGUAGUAGAGACUAUGUGAUGGAGUGGAUUGGAAGCCAGGUUUUUUCCGAGAAGAAUCCAGAUUUGGAUGAAGUGCAGAAAAGCUCCCUUGAAUUCAGGAAUCUGGGAUUCGAAGCGGGGAGCUUGGAUGAAACUCAUAUAAGCGACUCUGGUCUCGGUUCCAAUGGAUGCAAUGAGAGGGAGAGGAAGAUUAGGGAAUGGUGGAAGGAGGAGUACUUUGAGGAGAUCAGCAAGAAAGGCAAAGGUGAUAACGGGCUGAAGUGUUUCAGAACCAGUAACAACUGCAACAAGGAUACCAGCAGCAGCAGCAGUUACAAUGGCUACAAAAAUCACAUAGGUGAUGGUGAGUUGAACGCCAAUGUAAGCUUUACAGAUGGUUGGAAGAAGAAUAAGAAGAAGAGGAAGAAGAAGAGCAGACCAGCAACUAAUGAGAUGUCCAGUGGAGAUCUAUUUAGCAAAGAGCUUAGCAGCACAAGAAGCAUGAGAGGAACUGUUUGCUAUAUUGCUCCAGAACGUAGUGGUUGUGGUGAUUUGACCGAGAAGGCUGACAUAUAUAACUUUGGUGUUCUUAUUCUUGUGAUUAUCUCCGGGAGAAGGCCUUUGCAUGUGUUAGAAUCACCAUUGAAGCUUGACACGGCAAAUCUUAUAAGCUGGUGCAGGAAACUGGCGCAGACAGGGAAUGUUUUGGAUAUUGUGGAUGAGAAUUUGAAAGAAUCUUACAAUAAGGAUCAAGUCAGUUUCUGUAUAAACUUAGCCUUGUUGUGCUUGCAGAGAAUACCAGAUUUGAGACCUGAUAGCUGGGAUAUUGUCAAGCUUCUGGAAGGAGAGAAGGAAACUUCCAGUAUUCCCAUAUGAGUCCUCACCACCACUUACUACUAAGCUUCUUUCUAACCAGAACAAAAAAGAAAGUCUUUGCUGGAUUAUGAGUAGGAUUUUGCUCCAUUUUUCUUGUUAGCUUUUCCCAUGUUAGAGAUUCUUGUUAAUCUUAGAGAAAUUAGUGUGGAUAAUUUUAAUAGCACUAUGUGCUUAAAAAUGGAAGUACAAAGUUGAUAUUGUUCAAUUUGUGAGUACAUAAUUAUGUACUCUUUACAUAUGAAGUUCUACUUAUAUUGUCCGCACGUAAUAAUUUGUUUAAAUCAUGAGAGUAAAAAAUUUAUGCUCAUCUUAAUUCUGAAAUUUCAUAUAGAACUAAAGAUAGAUGGACUUUUUUUAGUGUAUGGAGAACCCUAAGGGUGGAAAUAUCACCAAGGUUAGGGAACAUAGAUGGGGGAGUAUGCAAUAUUAGGAUUUCUUCUUGUAGGGAUUUGACCUCUUCUAUAUCAUGGUUGGUUUUGGAUUAUUAGAAAGUAAAGGGGGGAAAGAGAUGAGAAGAAAUUAGAAUUCUCUUUACUUAGAUAUGAAGAGAUCAAAUAAGAAGAGAAUGCAUGAGAGAGAGAGAGAGAGAGAGAGAGAGAGAGAGGCGAAGAUUUAGCUAGAUCUUGUACAUAGGGGGGACAAAUAUGCUCAAACAAGAUUUAGAUAAAAAGAAUAUGUAGAAUUAGGAGAGAGAAUAGUACUGGUGGUGAUGGGGAUGAGAGGGGAGGAUUGUUGAAAAUUUAAUAAAGAUGCCAUACUAAAAAAAUAUAGCUCCUUUUAAAAUAAUUUAUCAAGUAGAGUUAGUUUCAACUGCACCAACAUGUUUGCUGAAUCUUAUUUUGUUCGGUGGAUGAUAUUGUGCUAGACUUAUGUUGCGUGUUAGUUGACAGUCAUUGGGGAGAAUGUCAUGAGAUUCAAGUAUACAAGAAGAAAAAGGAUGUUAGCUAGAGAGAAGCAUGAAUUUUAGACAAAAUCUUU